AUGGAAGCGCUAUGGAGGGAGGACCGCAAUUUGCGUCUCGAGGAGGCAAAGACGACAGCGAAACUGGUAAAGACGGAGCAUAGGAUGGCAACAAUCGCGCACAUCAAAAGCGAUAACCUGAGCACUGAAUCCUUAGUGUUUUUAGCUGAAAUUCGCCGGCUCAUUGAAGCUUGGAUUAGCAAUAUAGGAGACAAAGAGGAAUGCCUAAACGUUCCGGAGCCUUGCGGGCUCGAAUUGAGUAAUAAUGCGGAUGUAGUAGGGAAAGGAAAGACGUUUUGCCUUAGCGGAUACCGAAAGCGUUUGGUCCACCGGCUGUCCUUCGGGAGCGAGUUUCUCAACAAAUCGGGUUUCAUUGGGUUGUUAAGGGGGUGUUCUGCACCAACUCCAUGGGAAUAUGUUGUUCAGCUACUUCGAGGGCUUGAGGUCAAAAUUAAGAUCAAGGAAGCCUGCGCUGGUCGGACAUAUCCAUGGGUUGUUCCCCCUCGUAAUAGACACGAAAUAUAUGGCAACACGCAAUGUUCAUUUAACGAUACCCUCGUCGUCCCUGAUCCAAAUCUACAGCUGUUUGGUGUUGAAGAAGACACCGAAAUUUUAGCAUUCCAAUAUCUAACUGAUAAACCGCUUCAGGAAGCAGGCUACGACAGUCAGCCUGCUUACGGUAGGGGCCUUGAUCUGAUUUGCUGCGAAGUUACAAGGAGAAUGGCCAAUUUCCAACCAUUCGGAGGAGAAUGUAUGCAUGGCUCACUCAAAUGUACUAGCGGUCUGUCGAGGGCACAGUUCAAGACCGUCCUAAAUAAGCGAAAUCAGGCUGAAAAUAAAGUUGAUAAACUCAUAAACACAGAUGAAUCGGACCCCAGCUAUUCCCAGAUACAUCUCAUCUUCGACCUCACGGGUGUCAAAUUUUGGCAAGGCGCCAGGAAGGACACUUAG